AUGGAACACAGAAGGCCCUUCUAUGCCGACUGUCGUCUUUCACCACGACCAUCUGCACCUGUUGACUACACUUGGUACUUCCAAGGUAGAGUUUUCUCUGGCGGUGAACGUCUCAGAAUUCCUGAACUCAACGAGAACACCAUCGGUGACUACACCUGUGAGGUACGGUUCAGGCCGACAGAUGGUUCGGCUGUCGAGGGGAAGGCGACUAUUUCUCUGCGGUACAAUUCUUUACCUUCGGAUGCUCUUCCUGAUCCACAGAACUACCGGGUGAGUAUUAAUACGCUAACCGAAAGACCUGCACGAGGAUCACCCUACUAUGCAGACUGUCGCCUCCAACCACAGCCCCCUUCGCCAGUUCGUUUCACCUGGUACUUCAAGGGGCGCUACCAUUCGGAGGGUCAGCGGCUCAGCAUCCGCGAACUGAAUGAGUACACCGUCGGCGAUUACACCUGUCAAGCAAAGAUCACCUCACCCAGUGGCGGUCUACUGACCGUGAACGUAACCAAGUCCAUCUAUUUCGCCGCAGCGCCUUCGCCAGAAUCCGCAGGCACGUUGCUUUCUUCAUGACAGUUUGAAUUGAGCAUUGUCCGCCUCUCUCCACAAAUGGAACACAGAAGGCCCUUCUACGCCGACUGUCGUCUCUCACCACGACCCUCUGUACCUGUUGACUACACUUGGUACUUCCAAGAUCGAGUCUUUUCUCGCGGUGAACGUCUCAGAAUUCCUGAGCUCAACGAUAACAACAUCGGUGACUACACCUGUCAGGCAAGAUUCAGGCCGGCAGGCGGUUCGACUAUCGAAAGGAUGGCGAAAAUUUCUCUGCGGUACAAUCCUUCACCUUCGGAUGGUCAUACUGAUCCACAGACCUACUGGGUGAGUAUUAACCCGCUGACUGAAAGACCUGCACGAGGCUCACCCUUCUAUGCAGACUGUCGCCUCCAACCGCAGCCCCCUCAUCCUGUUCGUCUUACCUGCAUCCGCGAACUGAAUGAGUACACCGUCGGCGAUUACACCUGCCAAGCAACGAUCGCCACACCCACUGGAGGUCCACUGACUGUGAACGUAACCAAGACCAUCUUUUACGCCGCAGCGCCUUCGCCAGACAUCUCGGGCAAGUUGCUUUCUUCACGUCCAGGAUUCUAUUGUAUCAGAGACAGUGUGAAUAAUACUGUUGUAAUUGCAUCUUUCUGGGGUCCGCAGGGACGGAUUCAAGUGAACAUUGUUCCUCUUACUCAACAAGUGGAAUACAAGCGACCCUUCUACGCCAACUGCCGUCUCACACCACGGCCUUCUGUACCAGUUGACUACACUUGGUACUUCCAAGGCCGAGCCGUUUCGCGCGGCGAACGUCUCAGCAUCCCGGAACUCAAUGAGCACACGGUCGGUGAAUACACCUGCGAGGUAGUAUUCAAACCAACCAGUGGUUCAACUGUCGAGGCGAAGGCAACAAUUUCUCUUCAGUACCAUUCUCCGCCUUCCAAUGGUCCUAUUGAUAAUCAGACCUACUGGGUGAUUAUCGAUCCGCUGACGGGACGACCUGCCCAAAAUGCAGCCUACUAUGCAGACUGCCGCAUUCAACCACGACCGCCUUAUCCACUUCGAUUCGCCUGGUAUUUCAAGGGGCGCUAUCAUUCAGACGGCCAAAGGCUCCGCAUUCCCGAACUGAACGACCACACCACCGGCGAAUACACUUGCCAAGUGACCAUCACCCCACCCACAGGAAGUCCGCAGGUCGCCAAUGCCACCAAGGCAAUCUACUAUGGUUCAGUGUUGCCACCUGCUGGCGCCGACGACCAGACCUACUGGGUAAGCAUUGAACCACUGACACAGAGAAUAGAACACCGGGCACCCUACCUCGCAGAAUGUCGCGUUCAGCCAAGGCCGCGCUACCCUGUCCGCUUCACUUGGUACUUCAAAGGGCGCUAUCAUUCGCAGGGCGAACGACUGAUCAUUCCUGAACUGAACGAGUACACGUCCGGCGACUACACCUGCCAGGCAGCCAUUGACAGAGCCUCAGGAAGCCCUCUGCUUGUCAAUGCUACCAGACCCGUCUACUACCGCAACGCUUUGCCAGGUCGGGUCUUCGCUCAUGGUGAACGUCUCAGCAUUCCUGAACUUGAUGAGAAAACUGUCGGUGACUAUAUGUGUCAGGCACGUUUCAAACCAGAGGGUGGUUCGUAUGUAGAGAUGAAGGCAACCCUUUCUCUGUGGUACACUCCUCCUUCUGCCGAUUGUUGUAUUGAUCCACAGACCUACCGGCUGAGUAUUAAUCCGCUGACCGAAAGACCUGCACGAGGCUCAGCUUACUAUGCAGACUGUCGCCUCCAACCGGAGCCACUUUCGGCAGCUCGCUUUACCUGGUACUUUCAGGGGCGCUAUUAUUCGGAGGGUCAGAGACUCAGUAUCCGCGAACUGAAUGAGAACACCAUCGGCGAGUACACUUGCCAAGCAACGAUCACCACACCCACUGGACCUCCACUGACCGUGAACGUAACCAGAUCUGUGUAUUACGCCAAGGUGCCUUCGCCAGCAGUUCCAGGGGCGGCACCAGAACCAGCACCCGGCAAGUUGAUUCCUUCGUGUCUAGGCUUCCACUAUAUUGAAGAAUGCUUGAAAGCACCCUUGCCUAUGUGCUUUGUGGGGACUUGUAGAGGCUCUUCUUUCAUGGAAAAGCACGGACUCCUGUCCACUGAAUUAGAGCAAACACGAAUUGCAAAAAAACUUCUCAAAAAGCAGUCACAGGGUCACCUUCUUCUCAACCACUCUUAG